AUGUUCACGAAGCAAUAUUCCACCAACCGAUAUGAAGAAGUGACUGCUGCCGAACUAGUCAAUCUCAGGCAGGGAAAAGACGAAACUCUCAGAGCCUUCAUGCACCGAUACAACCAAGCCGCCCGGAGGAUAAAGGGAGUCAGUCCCGAAUUCAUCAUCAGCAGCCUACCCAACUGCCUAAAGCCAGGAUUCGUCUCUGAAAGCCUAUACGCCAAAUCACCCCGUACGCUGGAGGAGCUACAACAAAAGAUGGCUAAGUUCAUUAAAAUGGAAGACCAAAGGAUCUCUCGAAAGCAACAACACGAGGAGCAUUUGAAUAGUAUUAACAAAAGAGAGGGCAAACGAAAAAAUGACAACGUCCGGGAACAGAAACCAGUCGUGAAUCUGAAUCCCAAAUACGAUCGCUACGCGCAUCUCACCGCCCCCAGAGAAAAGGUGUUGGAACGAGCUCUACAAUCGAACCUCAUCUCUCAAAGAAGAAAAUUUCCACCGAAAAACGUGGAUGCAACGCAGAUUUGCCGAUUCCAUAAUUCGGGGGGACAUACUACUGAAGGCUGCCAGACUCUCAAAGAUGAAAUAGAGAAGCUAAUCCGUGCCGGACAUCUUCGUGAAUUUGUGAAGGAAGAUUCCGGCCGUAUGGGAUACUCACCCAGAAAGACACGAAGAAGCCCGGAGCAUGCCAAACGAAAAAGUAAUUACUUACGCGACCGUUCUCGUAGUCCUCCGAGUCACAGUUUUCGCAGUCGACCGAGAGAGCGGGAACCUAUAAUAAAAGGCAGGAUUGACACCAUCUCAGGAGGUUUCGCUGGAGGAGGUGUUUCAUCCUCAGCACGGAAGAGACACUUGAGAAAUUUGCAUAGCAUACACUCAGUGAUACGCAGUCCAGCGUUAAUGCCGGACAUUACAUUUACAAACAAAGAUUUUCACGCACCAGAUCCUGAUCAGGAUGACCCCAUGGUCAUCACCGCCCGCAUUGCAUAA